GUCCUCUUGUCGAAUCCCGACGAACACUCAUCGUUUACUCUAUUCGUCGUUUUCGCUCAAUUUUCGUUGAUCAAUAUGUGAAAGUGCUUUUCACAAAUUGUCGCCUCUUCCACCUGCCCCCACUGUUCAUCACACGUGUACUUAUUAAAUUCAAGUAGAAACCAUCUCUCUUGUGCAAUUUUCAUAAUCGUGGUAUCAUCGCCCACGCUAUAGAUAUUUACAAUAUUUAUACACACAAGAGAGAGAGAGUGGUUGUUUUUAUUGCUUUUGCUGGUGAUUAGAACGAAGAUUCGUUCGAAGGAUUUGUUCUUUGGACAACUAAUUGUAUCUGUUUUAUCAUCUCCCCACUACGCCGGUAAUCCCGUAGAAUGGGAGAGCCUGAGGAGAACAGGUCUUCUUGCGGGCCGGUGGGCCCGGCAGUCUCGCGCCUCGUGUCCGACACCGAAGAGGAGGCGGCGGAGGAGGAGGAGAACGGCAUGGAAUUGGAACAGGAUCUUCAGGAGGACGCGCAGUGGAAGCGCAUACAGCAGAACACGUUCACCCGUUGGGCGAACGAACGUCUGAAAUCGUCCAACGUGCACAUAAACGACCUGGAAUGCGACUUGUCCGACGGAUUGAGGCUGGUGAACCUGAUCGAGGUGCUCGCGCAAAAGCGACUACCGCGGCACAAUCAGAGGCCCGUCUUCAGGUCCCAGAAGCUCGAAAACGUCUCCGUCGCACUGAAGUUUCUCGAGGACGAGGGCAUACGCAUCGUUAAUAUCGAUUCGUCGGAUAUAGUCGACUGCAAGCUGAAGCUGAUUCUGGGUUUAAUAUGGACGUUGAUUCUCCACUAUUCGAUCUCGAUGCCGAUGUGGGAUGGCGAGGACGACGAAUUCGACAAACGCGCGACGCCGAAGCAACGCCUGAUGCGGUGGAUCCAGUCGAAGCUGCCGGAUCUUCCUAUAAACAAUUUCACGUCGGACUGGAACGACGGGAAAGCGGUGGGCGCGUUGGUCGACGCGGUCGCGCCGGGCCUCUGUCCGGACUGGCAGGACUGGAACCCGAAAGACGCGAUCCAGAACGCGUCCGAGGCGAUGGGCUUGGCCGACGACUGGCUGAAUAUACCACAGUUAAUCAAACCUGAGGAGAUCGUAAACCCAAACAUAGACGAGAUGUCGAUGAUGACGUACCUCUCGCAGUAUCCGAACGCUAAACUGAAGCAAGGAGCGCCUCUCCGUCCUCGCACUAACAGAAACAGCGUCCCGCCGCCGCGAGUCAGAGUCUACGGGCCUGGAAUCGAACCGAACGGCCCGGUGGUCGGCGCACCAGCCAAUUUCACGGUCGAAACAUUUUCCGCGGGAAAAGGAAACGUUGAAGUCACCGUAGAGGACCCACAGGGCAACAGAAUCCCCGUCGACGUAAGGUUCAACAACGAUAAGAAUUUGACGUACUCCGUCUCAUACACGCCGAGGUCGCCGGGACCACACAGGAUCAAGGUCCUCUUCGCCGGCCGGGAGAUCCCUAGAAGCCCAUACACGGUGCAUGUUGAUCAACAAGCUGGCGACCCCUCGAAGGUAACUGCGAGCGGUCCCGGCUUACAACCGGACGGUGUCGUCCUCAAUCGCGGAACGUUCUUCGACAUAUUUACCGGGGAAGCCGGUAGAGGAGUGCCGGAAGUGAUCAUACUCGAUCCCCAGGGUUCGAAGACGACGGUGCCCGUGAAGCUGCGUCAGACGCAGCCGGACGUGUGGCGGUGCGAAUACGCGAGUCCAGUGACCGGACUUCACUCGGUGAACGUGUUCUUUGCGGGCAAAUUGAUACCGGGCAGCCCGCACGGUGUCAACGUAACUUCCGAGUCGAGGAAGUGUCGCGCUUACGGCCGAGGCCUUCUGCCGCACGGCGUUCGAGUUAAGGAUGACGCGGACUUCGUUAUAGCUACUAAAGGCGGUGACGAGGCCCCUGGAGUCAAAGUGAUCGGUCCCGGGGGCGUCAAUCGACCUAUACAAAUGACAAGGGUGGACCGUAAUACCUACAAAUGUCAGUACACUCCGAUAAAAGAAGGUAGGCACGUAGUGAUGAUUACCUAUUGUGGCGCGGAGAUACCGAAGUCGCCGUUCGAGGUGAACGUCGGCCCGUACAGGGAGUCGUCGAUCCGAGCCUUCGGCCCCGGCCUCCACGGUGGAAUCGUAGACAGAACGGCGAAGUUCACAGUGGAUACGAACGGCGAGACGGGCGCGUUGAGCUUCUCCAUCGAGGGACCUUCCAAAGCGAGGAUCGCUUGCCACGACAACGGCGACGGCACCGCCGAUUUAAGUUACUUCCCUACGACGCCUGGCCAGUACGCUAUUCACAUAUUAUGCGACAAUGAGGACAUACCCAAGUCGCCAUACGUGGCCAACAUCUUGCCCAAGGCCGACUUCGACCCGGACAAGGUCGAAGUGUAUGGGCCGGGCGUCCAAGCGGCUUCUAUACCUACGGAGAAGGCUACUAAUUUUACAGUGGAUGUUAGAAAGGCUGGACAGGCGCCUCUUGAGGUCGAAGUACAAGACGCUUUCGGUAGGGACGUUCCCGUGAAAUUGGAGGACAAGCACGACGGCACCGUCCAGUGCUACUACACUCCCACUUCCGGAUCCCAGCACGUCGUCAUGGUGAACUACGGCGGAGUGGCGACGAGAGAUUCUCCAUACCGGGUGAAGGUCGAGGCGCCGUUGAAUCCGGCCAUGGUCUCUGCAUUCGGCCCCGGGUUAGAGAAAGGCGUGAAAUCAAAUACUCCCACGCAUUUCAACGUCGACUGCCGCGAGGCGGGACCCGGGGAUCUCCGCUGCAGCAUCGCCAACCCUGAAGGCAAAGAGAUCCAGUUGACGAUGACGGACAAUAAGGACGGGACGUACACGGUCGACUACGUGCCGCCAACUGCCGGAAAUUAUUUGGUGAAUUUGAAUUACGCCGGGUUCAAGGUACCCGUUUGCCCGAUCAAGGUGAACGUCGAGCCCCUCGUCGAUGUCUCCAAGAUCAAAGUCGACGGACUCGCUCGCACCGCGCCGGUGAACAGCCUGCAACAGUUCCGCGUGAUAACGCAGGACGCGGGCCGCGCGUCCGACUUCCAAGUGGCGAUCACCGCGCCGUCCGGUAAUCGGGUGAAGGCGCAGGUUGUCUCGACGCACGACGGAUACCUGGUGAACUUCACGCCGACGGAGCUCGGCGAGUACCUCCUCAGUAUCACCUUCGGCGGGGAGCCGAUUUCGCGGCAGCCCUAUCGGCUGACCUGCGUGCACGGCUCGGAUCCGAGCAAAGUCAAAGCCUCCGGGCUGGGUUUGACCCGCGGCACGACGAACAGACCGGCGGAAUUCGUGAUCGACACGCGCGGCGCUGGCCAGGGCGGCUUGGGAGUCACCGUCGAGGGCCCCUGCGAGGCGGCGAUUAACUGCCGCGACAACGGUGACGGCACCUGUUCCGUCGCUUAUCUACCCACGGAGCCCGGCGAUUACGGAAUCAACAUCACUUUCAACGAGAAUCACAUUCCCGGAUCACCGUUCCAAGCGAUCGUCGUUAACGAGCCUCUGGACGUCUCGAAAAUAAAGGUCGCCGGCGAUGGGAUACAACAGAACGGUCCCCGUGUGAAUCAGGAUGCUCGGUUCACGGUCGACGCUCGCGGCAUCGCAAGGCCCGAGAAGGACGCCGAGAAUCACGUGUCGUGCACGAUCAACAAUCCGAGUGGCGGAAAAACGGAGAGGGUGAUCGUUAACAAAGGCGACGGCACGUACAACGUCAGCUACGUACCCUUCGAGGAGGGCCGUCACACCAUAGACAUUUUAUACGACAACGUUCCCGUCCCCGGCUCGCCGUUCGAAGUGAACGUGAAACGUGACAGUGACCCGGCAAAGUGCAGAGCUUACGGACCUGGGUUGAACCAAGGAGUCGUUAAUAGGCCCAAUCUGUUCACCGUUGAAACGAAAGACGCAGGGAACGAUAGGUUGGCACUGUCGAUGGAAGGUACCGGCGAAGUGAAGCUGACGUGCAAAGAUAACUACAACGGCACCUGCUGUGUCGAGUACGUCCCGUUCGAGGUCGGCGACUACGAAGUCUCAAUUAAAUUCGCGGAGCAGCACAUUCCAGGCUCUCCCUUCCAAAUAAACGUCGUCCCCGACCAGUCAAGCCCUUCCAGCAAGGUUUCAGCUUACGGCCCCGGUCUGGACAACGUUCGAGAGGCCGUUCCAGCCAAGUUCCUUGUGGACGCGUCGAAAGCCGAAUCCUCGCAUCUCGAUGUCUCCUUGAAGAGCGACAGGGGCCAGGUGCCGAAGCCAGCGAUAAAGAACCGCGGGGACGGGAUGUACGAAGUGACCUAUCAGCCGCCAGCCGCUGGUAGCAAUUUGACGGUGGGAGUGACUCAUGGGGGCGAGAACAUCGCCGGGAGUCCGUUCAAGGUGAAGGUUCUGCCUACCUGCGAGCCGAAUAAAGUAACCGUCUCUGGUUCCGGGGUCGCGCCUGUCUGCACGGCUUCUUUUCCGGUGGACUUCAUCGUCGACACGUCGAACGCCGGAUUCGGCGACCUAGAGGUCCAAGUAUUGGGCCCGGACCAAGUGCCCCGCCGCGUGGAGAUACAAGAUGUAGGCGACGGCCGUUACAGAGCGACUUACUUACCGGAUGAUUGUGGCCGGUACAAGGUGAACGUGAAAUAUGGCGGCAAGGAGGUGCCUGGUUGCCCGGUACCCGUUCAAUCCGUGUCUACCGGCAAGGCGAAUGAAUGCAAGAUUAAGCAGGGUAUACAGCACACGUUGGCUCAGGGCGAGGAGUAUUGUAUCACCGUCGAUACGGAGAACGCUGGCCGCGGCGCCGUCACCUGUCGCAUCCGAUCAACUUCCGGCAGCGAGGUGGUGGACAUCGAUAUCGAGGACAACGGCGACGGCACGGUGAACAUUUAUUAUACAGUCGCGGACGCCGGUGACUACACGUUGAGCAUAAAAUUCGGUGGCCAGCCUAUACCCGAGGGAUUCUACACGUUUACCGCAUCAGAGGAGUACAGGGAGCACAACUCGUACAAGGCUCACCGCACGAGGCGAACGAAACAGAAACAGGAGGGACAGUUCGUUGAGAAACAUAGCAGCAGCACCAGCACCAGCAGGAGCAGUACAAGCGUCCAGGAGAGCUCCAGCUCGAAGAAGAACUUUAAUGUGAUUCGAUUGAACAAUAUACCAUUGCCCAUUGGAAGCGGAACCGUCACCUCCGAAGUGAAGAUGCCGAGCGGUAACAUGGACAAACCGGUGAUCGAGGACAAUCGCGAUGGCACGGUUUCCAUCAGGUACGACCCGAGAGAAGAAGGUCAGCACGAGCUCUCCGUGAAAUUCAACGGUGAACACGUUCAAGGAUCCCCGUUUAAAUUCCACGUGGACUCAUUGGCGAGCGGGUACGUGACUGCAUACGGUCCAGGCUUGGUCUACGGGGUUUGUGGAGAACCGGGGAACUUCACGAUCACGACGAAGGGCGCAGGAGCCGGUGGAUUGUCCUUGGCAGUUGAGGGACCGAGCAAAGCCGAGAUAUCUUGUCACGAUAACAAGGACGGCACCAUCUCCGUCUCUUAUCUGCCUACCGCGCCCGGCGAGUACAAGAUCGCCGUCAAGUUCGGCGAUAAACACAUCAAGGGCAGCCCCUACGUUGCCAAAAUCACAGGGGAGGGCCGCAAGCGGAAUCAAAUCUCUGUGGGCUCCUCCAGUGAGGUCCAGCUGCCGGGUAAAGUGGCCGCCGCGGAUAUUCGUUCCCUGAACGCGUCUAUAACUGCGCCCAGCGGUUUGGAGGAGCCGUGCUUCUUGAAAAUGAUGCCGAACGGCAACAUGUGCGUUUCAUUCACGCCGAGGGAGUCCGGGGAGCACACGGUGGCCGUGAAGAAGAUGGGCAAGCACAUACAGAACUCCCCUUUCAAGAUCGAUGUCAAGGAACGAGAAGUGGGGGACGCGAAGAAGGUGAAGGUGUCGGGGUCGGGAUUGAAGGAAGGGCGAACGCACCAAGAGAAUCACUUCUCCAUCGACACUCGGAACGCAGGUUUCGGCGGCCUGUCCCUCUCAAUGGAAGGUCCCAGCAAAGCCGAGAUCCAGUGCAAAGACAACGAAGACGGUACUCUGAACAUCUCUUACAAGCCGACGGAGCCUGGCUACUACAUCAUGAAUUUGAAAUUCGCCGACCAUCACGUCGACGGUUCGCCGUUCACCGUCAAGGUCAGCGGAGAGGGCAGCAACAGGCAGCGAGAGAAGAUACAGAGGCAGAGGGAAGCCGUACCGAUCACCGAAGUUGGCAGCCAAUGCAAGCUGACGUUCAAAAUCCCAGGUAUCACCUCGUUCGAUUUAACAGCGACCGUCACCUCGCCCGGUGGCGUCACGGAAGACGCGGAGAUCAAAGAAGUCGAAGACGGAUUGUACGCGGUGGCGUUCGUCCCGAAGGAACUGGGAGUACACACGGUCUCCGUGAGGUACAAGGAGAUGCACAUCCCUGGUUCGCCAUUCCAGUUCACCGUGGGACCUUUAAGGGACGGCGGAGCUCACAGGGUCCACGCGGGCGGUCCGGGAAUCGAGAGAGGAGAACAAGGCGAGCCGUGCGAGUUCAACAUUUGGACGAGAGAAGCCGGCGCCGGGACUCUGGCCGUCUCGGUCGAAGGACCCUCGAAAGCACAGAUAGAUUUCAAGGACAGGAAAGAUGGUAGCUGCUACGUCAGCUACGUCGUCAGCGAACCUGGUGAAUACCGCGUCGGUAUAAAGUUCAAUGACCAGCACAUACCGGACUCGCCGCACAAGGUGUACAUAUCGCCGGCGAUGGGCGACGCACACAAGCUGGAAGUGAUGCGUUUUCCGGACUCCGGGGUGCAGCCUGACAAGCCGUCUACGUUCCUAGUAAGGAAGAACGGUGCUGCCAAAGGAGAACUGGACGCCAAGCUCGUGUCACCCAGCGGACUCCAAGACGAUUGCUUCAUCCAGGUAGUAGACAACGACACGUACUCGGUACGAUUCCUGGCCCGUGAGAACGGGAUCCACAGCAUCCACAUUAAAUUCAACGGCGUCCACAUACCGGGCAGUCCCUACCGCGUCAAAGUUGGCAAGGUGGACGCGGACCCCGCAGCGUUGCAUGCCUAUGGGAAUGGUUUGAAAGAGAUAAAAACCGGACAGAAAAUGGAUUUCAUCAUCGACACGUGCAACGCCGGGUCCGGCGCGUUGAACGUGACGGUCGACGGACCCAGCAAAGUGGCGAUGGACUGCACGGAGGUCGAGGAAGGGUACAAGGUCAGGUACACGCCGCUAGUGCCCGGGGACUAUUAUGUCAGCAUCAAAUACAACGGAUUCCACAUAGCCGGGUCGCCGUAUAAAGUGCCUUGCAGCGGCACGGACUUGGCCGAAAGAGGAGGCCAGGAAACGAGUUCAAUCGUGGUAGAAACGGUCCAGAAGAUCUCUAAAGCGAAGCAAUCGGGCCCGGUGCUACCCUUGUUUAAAUCGGACGCCAGCAAAGUUACCAGCAAGGGUAUGGGCUUGAAGAAAGCUUACAUGGGAAAACAGAACCAGUUCUCGGUUCACGCCGGCGACGCAGGCAAUAAUGUACUGUACGUCGGUGUAUACGGGCCGAAAGGUCCCUGCGACGAAGUGUUUGUCAAGCACACUGGCAGGAAUAAUUACAACGUGAGUUACUUGGUCAGGGAGCGAGGCGAGUACAUAGUGAUCGUUAAAUGGGGCGACGAGCACAUCCCCGGAUCUCCUUACAAAGUCGAGGUCUAAACGAAGGAUGUAUUACCAUCCGAUUAAUCUAAUCGACUACCAUGAUAGGCUAUCAAUUAAUUGAUUCAUUCAUUGAUUCAAAUAAAAUGAAGAGCUCAAGGAGGAUAAUGAAACGUAUAUUAUAUACUGUAUUGUAAUUAAACGAUUGCUAUGUAAAAAGAACGAUUUAGAAAAACAAUAUCGACAGUGCCUGAUGUUAUAUUGACGAUAAAUCUUAAAUAAACUACGUAUAAAUCAAUAAGAA